AUGUCCGGCACCAGCUUGCAAGCGAUCACACGACGCUGCAACGAUGGUGCGUUCUGUUUGGGGUCAAUUUCGUCUGCUGGAAGUGUCCUUAACACAAAGGUUGAAAUGCUUUUGCGCUUGUUGGUUUUGUGUAGUUUAGUGUUGUGCUUUGUAGAGUGCAACGUAGGAAAACGGUUGAUGUGUUACUUUUCGAGCGAUUCACCCAAAACGAAAGGUUACGGACGGUACACAGUGAACGAGAUUCCGGUGCAACUUUGCAGUGAUGUGAUCUACCGUGGCGUUGGAUUUCCCGAGUGGAAAAGAGGAUCUUAUUCUUUCAAUACUGAGGAAAUCCAGCGACUGGGUGCAUUUAUGUAUACGAUCAAGUCACGAUCGUCAACGGUGCGCACACACGUAACGAUACUGGAACGAGGCAAAGAAGCGCUUUCGUACUCGAUCAUGGCCGAAAUACCCGAACGACGACGUGCAUUCGUUAAGGCUGUACUGGAACUUUUGGAGCAAUAUAGAAUAAAUGGGGUCGAGAUCGCUUGGGAGUGGCCGGGGACUACGGUGAAAUUUGGUGGCAUCUCUGGUGAUCGUGAGUCGCUGAUUUCGUUGCUGACGGAUGUGCGAGCGGGACUCAAGAGUCGGAGUAAGGAAUUCCUGUUCUUCGGUGCCAUCUAUCCGAAGGUGUUGAGAGAAUCCUAUCGUGUUACCACCAUCUGCCAGUUGGUGGACUUUGUGACGCUGUUUACGUUCGAUAUGCGUCCACACACGAACAAUGUGGCCGAUGUGCAUGCUCCAAUGCGCAAUCGAACCUUCGAGACGGAGACAAAUCGUGCCAAGGCAAAUGUGGUUGAUGGUGUGGAGACAUGGAUCGAUUUUGGAUGCCCUCCGAAAAAGUUGAUUCUAGGUAUAGGACUUUUCGGACAAGCGUACACCCUGGCAAAUCCAGCGGUGUACAAUGUGGGUGCCCCAACUGUUGGUCCUGGAGCGGAGGGACAAUACUACUACGAAGGCUACUAUCCGUACUACGAACUCUGCCUGUUGAUACGCAGUGGAUGGAACAUAUUUUACGAUCCGAUCGGUCAGAUGCCAUUUGCCGUACGGGGCAAUCAGUGGAUGAGCUACGAAAACACCAACUCGAUCGGGGUAAAGAUGAACUUUGUUCAGGAGAAGCGACUUGGAGGUGUGAUACUGCAGUAUGUGGAUUAUGACGAUUUUUGGGGAUUCUGUGGCUCGCAGAAUCCGCUCACUACCUACAUCUAUCAGCGGUUGAAGCAGAUUCCUUCCGAUAUAGGCUUCGCUAUUGAGUGGAACAAUUAG